UGAAGUUGAAACAGAAUUAUGUCUGGUUAAAUAAAGAAUGCCAAGACAUGGAAGACAAUCCAGAUGAGAAAAAAAAUUUUUUUUUCUUUCACAUGAUGGCGGCGAAGUGAGAUCCUGAUAAGGUCCAUGAUGUUUCGGCCUGCUGCGCUGCCAAAUCACAUUACGUUACGCACUCUUGCCUUCAUGUGACAAUUCCCCAUACAGUACUUGUUACAUAAGUUGAAAAAGUAGCCUCUAACCCUCCUCUGUCACGCCAAUAACACAACAUGGUAUAAAUAUUGCACCAAGUGCCAUUCACAUUCACAUUCACUGCCUCUCAGUGCUGUUGGCCGCCGAGGAAACAGUCUGGGCGGUGGGUUCAUACAGUAACAUUUUCAGUCAAAAAGAUGAAAUGAUGAAACAGAGCCAAGAGUCAAUCAUCAAUCAUUUGUAGAUCUACAGUGUCUCUAAAAUCAUGGUGCACAGAAUUAUCCACAUGGAGUACUUUUCUAUUGGCUCUCAGUCUACGUCAGAUGGGCUCACAGCCAGAUGGAAAAAAAAAAAAAAAAGUCGUAUGUGCACAAAUAUGAUGAGUGAUUCCUCUUGACAUGAUACAAUGUCAGGAGGAUUUUUUCAUGACACAUCAGCAGAUUGUGUUUGGUGACAUUGUUUUUCCAAACACUACACUGUGUCCGUGUUGUUGUAAAUCCCUGACUCCAUAGAUUUAACCCCCCGUGUGUGUGGGUAUUUCCCUGUGUACUACUGUGUUCCAGAUGAUGAAUACGUCGUACACCUCCGACCUGUUUGCCUCCAACAUCUCCAAGGAGUGUGACAUCCUCAUGGGCGCUCUCUACAGUGUAUUUUUCCUACUGUCCCUUAAAGGGAACUGCAUCCUGCUACUUGUUGCCUACCACCGGCGGUCCAGCUUGAAGCCAGCAGAGUACUUCAUCAUCAAUCUGUCCAUCAGUGACCUUGGGAUGACCUUCACCUUAUUUCCAUUCGCAAUACCUUCUUCUUUCUGCCACAGGUGGCUGUUUGGAGAAGUGGCCUGUCAGAUCUACGCAAUGUGUGGAGUCCUGUUUGGUCUGUGCAGCCUGACCAACCUCACAGCCCUUUCUUUAGUCUGCUGCCUCAAAGUCUGCUUCCCAAACCAAGGCAGCAAGUUCUCCUCGUCCCACGCCCGCCUCCUGGUGGUUGCAGUGUGGUGUUACUCAAUGGUGUUUGCUGUCGGACCCCUGGCACAGUGGGGGCAUUACAGCGCCGAACCGUACGGCACGGCCUGCUGCAUUGACUGGCACGCACCCAACCACGAGCUGCUGGCCUUGUCCUACAUCGUGUGUCUUUUCGUCUUUUGCUACGCCCUGCCCUGCACCUUCAUCGUUCUCUCCUACACCUUCAUCCUGCUGACGGUGCGCGGCUCACGUCAGGCUGUCCAGCAGCACGUGUCGCCGAAGAACAAGACCAGCAACGCGCAUGCUCUCAUUGUCAAGCUGUCAGUGGCGGUGUGUUUAGGUUUCGUGGUGGCCUGGACCCCAUACGCGGUCGUUUCGAUGUGGGCCGCUUUAACAGACGCCACACAAGUUCCUCCCACUGCUUUUGCACUCGCCGCCAUAUUUGCCAAGUCGUCCACCAUCUACAACCCUGUAGUCCACCUGCUGUGUAAGCCCAACUUCCGUGAGAGUCUGUACAGAGACAUGUCUGCGUUUCUACGGAGGAUCUACAGGGGGAGUCCACAGUCUGAGCCUAAGGAGUCCGACUGUGGGAACCUGGGAUCCCACUCCCAGUCCAACAACAACAUGGGCAGCUCCACACGCUUCACACAAAGACAGCAUUACGACUACGGGAUGUGUCGACACUGCACUGAUAAUGUGUCACAGUGUAACACGCCACCAACCACUGAAAGAACAGUCUGGAGUGGAUCAACCUGCAGAGAGGGGACCGUUUGAUGGCCCUCAGACAGACCACAGCAGGACUGUUAUUAUCCAGACCACAUCUACAUAAACAGUUCUCCAAACAAACAGCACCACAGCAAAAAUAUGCAAGUGUGUAUCAGGUCAAAGUAUCAGUGUGUAAAAACAAUAUUUAUGGCAUUAAUAGAUAUAUACACACAUUAUACUAUCACCAAACCAAAAAGUUAAGUAGUAUUAAAAACCUGUAAAUAUUUUCAGAUAAUUAAAAAACUGUAAGUAAAAGGAAAAGAAACCAAAUACUAUAUAUUGUGGUCCUGUAAAAAUAGACAUUGAAGACAUUUUAAAUUAUACUGGAGUACAGUACACGGCUAUUAAAGUUUUAAAGAAUUACUAAAUCUAUUUAAAGGAAUAAAGAAACCGACUCAGGUCGGGACAAAUGCAAAUACUGUUUCCACCUAUAAUCAAAUUUAUGAGGAAAAAGUUUUUUUAUUUUUUUUAUUUAUACAAAUGUCAAUAUUUAUUGGAUGUUAAAUGUGUAAAUGUCAGUGGCCAGAUGUUAAAAGUUAAAAUGUUAAUAUGGAUACUACAGUGUGUAUCAUACGCUGCAUUAUGAUAUAAGCUACGUUCUCAUUUUACACAAUUCAUUAUAUAAAAUUUUAAAAUAAAACCAUAUUCCAAAAAUUGUAACUUUGGUAUCUGUAGUGUAAUUUUGAGAAAAAAAAAUCUUUCUAUAAAUUGGAAUCAUCCUAAAUAAUUUGUGUGUGUGUGUGUGUGUGUGGAAUAGUUGUAUGUACAGUAUAAACACUUCUAUUAGAUGAAUACAGAUCAAUGUAAACGUCUGUUUUUCUACUUUUUUUUUUACACAGGAAUCAGAUGAGAGAAAAAAAGUGACCAUUAAAUGACACCGAACCAUUAUUUAACAUAAAAUG